AUGCGUUCCAUUCUUCUAGCCGUUGUCGUCCUCCUUUCCCUAACAACAACUUCCGUGCAAGCUGGGUGGUUUGGGUCCAAACAAACAACACAAGCAGAAUCAUCACCUUCCUGGCAGCAGAUAUUUCAGAAUGCAGAACAAGAAGCCAAGAGCACGGUGGCAGAAGUCAAGUCCAAGACUGCCAAGAUGGAGCGAAAAUCCCGUGAGGUAUUGGCGGAUGCCAAACGAGAUGCCGCCAUUGCCAAGGCCAAAGCACAACGCUACAAGACCAGUAUAGAAUUCCAGGCCGCGGAUACAAAGGCGGCAGCAAAGCGAGCCAAGGCAGAAGCCAAACGAAUCAAGGCGGAUCUGGAACUGAAAACUACCGGGGCAAAGGCGGAUGCCCAAAAGUAUCAAGCGGAUCUUCAGGAACGAGCCUCCAGAGCCAAGCAGCAGUCGGAAGAAGCUAGUAAGAAAGCAUUUGAUGCGUCUAUUGAUUUUGUGCGAGACAAGAGGAACAAGAUUGCAGCCAUCUUCCAUUGA